AUAAAUGUCCCCUUAGAACCCUACACAUGUGCCUCCCAUGUCGGCUGUUCACAUUUCUUAUAAGACACUUCCCUCUCUUUCUGUCCCUUGUUGCCAAAUCCCAAUGCCCCUCUUAGCUUAACCACUUCAUCAUCUUCCUCACCACACCAUCUCCUAGUGUACCCGUGUGCCUCACUUCUUUCAGUUUCACACGUACAUAAUAAUAUUAUACACAACCAAGCACACCCUUUCAUUUCUAAAUCCAAGCUAAGCUUCCUAUCACUCUCUCUCUCUCUCUCUCUCUAGAUAAGACUAUGGCUUCUUCAACUGGAAGUGGCUCUGGUUCUGGAUCUCCAUGUGGGGCAUGCAAGUUCCUUAGAAGAAAGUGUGCAUCUGAUUGCAUCUUUGCACCUUAUUUUUGCUCAGAACAAGGACAAGCCAAUUUUGCAGCCAUUCACAAGGUGUUUGGUGCUAGCAAUGUUUCCAAGAUGCUUUUGCAUAUACCAGCUCGUGAUCGUUGUGAAGCUGUUUUCACAAUCGCUUAUGAAGCUCAAGCUCGUGUCAGGGACCCUGUUUAUGGCUGUGUCUCCCAUAUUUUUGCUUUACAACAACAGGUAGGGUGCUUGCAGGCACAACUGAUGCAAGCCAAGGCACUGCUAGCUCAGAACCUGAUGGAUUCAUCAAGGAACUUAGGGAAUCAGUGGUCAGGGAAUGUUGCUGGACAACCACCACUCAAUCAAUUUUGUUCAACUUAUACCAUGAACCCUCCAAUAUCUCCUCAGAGCUCGCUUGAGUCAAUUGAUUAUAGCAGCAUCAAUGAUGGAAUGAGCUGCAAUAUGCAAGAUAUCCAAAGCAGAGAGGAUUUCUCAUCCCAAGCUUGUUCUAAGAUCAGAUCAUGUAGCAAUGACUUGAGUGAGCUGCAAGAACUUGCUUUCAAGAUGAUGAGAAACUAAAACUAGGAUAUAGAUAUAAAAUUAAAACUAGUCUUGUCUAUGUUAUCUUGAAGGAUUUAGGCCCCGUUUGAAAAAACAGCUUAAUUAAGCGCUUAUGGUCCUAAGCGCUUAUGACAUAAGCGCUUAUUCAUAAGCUAUUUUUAAAAAUUUAUUAAAUUAAAUUAAAAAUAAGCUGUAUAUAAGCAUAAGCUGUUUUUCAUAAGCUAUCCUGAGUAGCUUAUGAAAAUAAGCUGAAAAGAGCUUAUGACAGGCCAUAAGCUGUUUGCAUAAGCCCUUCCAAACACUGGCAUAAGAGCUUAUGCUAUCAGAUAAGCUCAAAUAAGCUCUUCCAAACUGGGCCUUAAUCCCUUGAUGUUGGGGAUGCUCUUUGCCUGGAGAUAGAAAUGCUUUGUUCCUAUUUAGUGUCUCAUUCUAUAUUUCACCAAUCAAAUUGUAUCACAUGAGAGUAUGAUAAUUACAACCUUACGAUAGUGAUUUUUAAAUGACAUGAUACAAAUGAGACACCAAUGGAAAACACAGCAUUUCAAUCAAUUUCCCCACCAGUGUUGUAUAUACAUAGAAUGUCAACAAGAAAACUUGCCAAUAAAUGAUUAAGUCCCAUCUAUGUGUUAGGCUUUCUUUUAAUAGAUUCAAUAAUAAAAAAUAUUAACUUUUGCAGACUGGCAACUGGCCUAACAAAGUCUCA